UCAGCAACGCUUUUGCCUGAGGCGCGACGGGCCAUGUGACCAGCGUGUCACGUGACCGGUCAGUCGGCGUCCUCUCGCUGGGUGGUGUAGGCUGCGUACUGACCCAGCCGCCCUGCUGCGUCCGGCCUGUGUCAUGCAGGAAGCGGGCCGCGCGUGGAGCUGCGCCCCCACCUGAGCUGCUUACGCCGAGGUGCGGCGUGGCGGGGCCGCGCGCUCCCGGCCGCCAGGGGUGUGGCCGCUGGGAGGCCGCGACAGUCUCCAGGUCCGAGAUGGAAGUGUGAAUUCGCCUUCUCUGAGUGCCUGACGUGGCGUCUGGAGGGUGCUGUUCAAGUAGAAGCGCUGGAGGGAAAGCGUAGCUUGAAGUCAAUGGCCCAAAAUGACUCUGCUAGUGGAGACUCACUUCCGUAAGGAGGAAGACCAGGUCAGAGGUUGGGAUGAGCAUGCCACUGCACCAGAUCUCUGCCAUCCCUUCUCAGGAUGCCAUUUCUGCUAGAGUCUACAGGAGCAAGACCAAAGAUAAGGAGCAGAAUGAGAAGACUUUGGGACAUUCCAUGAGUCAUCCAAGCAACAUUUCUAAGGCUGGGAGUAGUCCUCCAUCCACGACCGCUCCAGUGCCUGCCUUCUCUCGCACUUCUGUAACACCAUCCAACCAGGACAUCUGCAGUUCCAGUGCAGUGUUUUCUGAGUGUUGUCACUACAGUCCUGUGCAGUCUGCUGUUGUCUUGAAAGCUCCUCCAUGCCAGAGUUCUCUGACACAAGGGCUCACUGUGACAGUUAUCUGUAAAGACACAUUACAGGCAUCACAGAAAAAUCCCUUUGGUUCAGACUGGGACCAAGUCUUGAGGCCUGCUAAAAAUACCAAGGCCAGAAGAGCACUCAGAUUCUCAAAGUCACUAAGUGAUGUGGGUGAGAAGACCCAGGAUACUUUGGAAAGCUUUGACUAUAUGGAAAGAACUUGUUCUGAAGGGAAAUUGGUGCUUCCUCAAGGUCCAUCUCUCAAAAAGAACAGGCUCCAUCAUAAAGACAAAGGAGCAGAGCACUGCCCACCCCUCAGCCAUUCCAAACACUCUCCUAUCUUAUCCCUUGCUACCAGCCAUUCAGCUGUCUCAAAGAGGGAAGCUGGCAAGGGAAGCGUGCGCAUCCCACUUUUGGAGGAGAAAGCUGAUGGUGAGGCCAGGUUGAGAAGCCAGCGACUGCUCCGGUACCUGUUCUCACUCUCCCGUGGCUCAAGUGCCAGCAGCCUACCUAGGUUCCAUGAGCUGGAGAACCAUGCCAGCCGUCUGCACACUGCCAAGUCGUCCAGCUGGCUGGCAGGGAGCAUGGGUUUCUGUUCCGAUGAAAUGGGAGACGACGACGUCUUUGAGGAUGCAUCAUCUGCCAAAUUGAAGAACAGGGUCCUGCGUGCACCCCUAUGCUCAGUAGAGAAGGAUAGUGACCUGGAUUGUCCUUCUCUGCUCUCUGAAAAAUGCACUCCUAUCUCUCCUGUGUCUACUUCAGGGGAUGCCUGCAGGAUCUGCCACUGUGAAGGCGAUGACGAGAGCCCUCUGAUCACCCCCUGUCACUGUACAGGGAGCCUACACUUUGUGCAUCAGGCUUGCCUGCAGCAGUGGAUUAAGAGUUCUGACACACGCUGCUGUGAACUCUGCAAAUACGAGUUCAUCAUGGAGACCAAGCUGAAACCUUUGAGGAAAUGGGAGAAGUUGCAGAUGACGGCCAGUGAGCGCAGGAAGAUCAUGUGCUCAGUGACGUUCCAUGUCAUUGCCAUCACCUGUGUGGUCUGGUCCUUGUAUGUGCUCAUUGACCGCACAGCAGAGGAGAUCAAGCAGGGUCAGGUGACAGGAAUCCUAGAGUGGCCUUUCUGGACUAAGCUGGUAGUUGUGGCCAUCGGCUUCACCGGAGGACUUCUCUUUAUGUAUGUCCAGUGCAAGGUAUACCUACAGUUAUGGAAAAGACUCAAGGCUUACAAUAGAGUGAUCUAUGUUCAAAACUGUCCAGAAACAAGUAAAAAGAAUAUUUUUGAAAAGUCUGCACUAACAGAGCCCACCCUUGAAAAUAAAGAAGGACAUGGAAUGUGUCAUUCCACCACAAAUUCUUCUUGCACAGAGCCUGAAGACACUGGAGCAGAAAUUAUUAACGUCUGACCAUGUGGAGGGUGCCAUUUCCUUAGUGUCCAUCAACAGCUGAAGGGAUUUGUUUACUGCCAAUUGUGUUCCUUCCUCUGUCGUUUAAUAGCAUAGACUGGGCAGGUGACUAUUUAUAGUGGUCUCUUUUUCUCAACCUUCCUUGGUGUGAGUGUCCUAGAAUUCCUGUGGAGCAGGUACCACUGGGCCCCAUUCUGUCAGGCUUCUCUGUGGUCUGGGAAGGUGGGAGACCCCAUGUAUCCACAAUGAGGAGCUGGCUGUGUUCCAGCCCCUGGUCUUGAGCAGAUUAUGGAAGUAAAAAGCUAAAGUAGAAGACAGAGCAGCAUGAGGGAGAUGGAUGAUGGAAGAUCCCCAGAGGACAGAGCAGCAUGGUACGGGAGGCUGCUGGUUGGGAGGGUUCCCUCUGACUAAUAAGAGCUAGGGGUGGGAAGGGAACAGUGCCUACAAAUAAGCCCCUGCCUCGUUCAGCUGAUGCUGCCGCCUUGCUCUCAGGCAGAUGAGGCCUUGGAGCCCCAUGUCUGCUGGUGUGCGAUUCACUGAGCAAACAGCACUUUACGGAAGUUCUUAUUUUGGAAUUCCUGUGUCUAAUGGGAGUGACACUUUUAAAAGCGUGUCACAUUUAGAAAUGUUCUCUUUAUUGCCUGUUAUCUCUUACAUCAAAAUUGAACUGAAACCAUUUCUGCCUUAUAUAUUCUGAGUAGUAGAUGUCCUUCCAUGUCAAGAAAAGACUUGAGACUUAAAGCAAGACAGGCAGGUCUGAGACUCCAUGGGAAUUAAUGGAUGCCAUGGCGUAAUUCCUCUGGUUUUGAAUCUGUUUCCUGAAAAGCCCUAUCUCACAAGCCCACCCGUAUAUUUCUAUGUUGUGAGCAUUGAAAUGGAAGGGGUUUGAGAUCUAAUGGAUCUGACUCAGCGUGAGCAUUUAGAAAAUGCUCCUUUGACUGACAGAUAUCUCCAGAUGGGGUGGACACAUGUUGAGGACACCCCUGUGAUCCAGCUCUGCUGUCUGCUGUGCUGACAGAGUUCUGUGGAGUCACUGCUGAAAGAUACGAGGUAAACAGGCCAGCUCUGGGUUGAGGCCUUGGCCUGAGCAGCCAGCUAACUGCAUGAGCCACUGUGUCACUCACCUUGCCCCACACCCACUUAUCGCCUUAACCAGACUUGACAGGAUCAUUUAGGGUCCUUAGCUCCACAUAUGAUCUAGUCUGUCUUUGGGGUUACCUCCUGCACUUUUUUUUCACAAGACAGACAAAACCAAAUCACUAUUGCUAAAUGGCCUUUGCCCCUUUAAAAAGUCUGUUGAACAUUUUUUUUCUUGAAGGCCAUUGUCACAGUGCCAGACAAUAGUCAACUCACAAUGUGACAAGGGGAACCACAGAAGUGUCCUCUCCAAGUGGCUGCUGUCGGCUACAGGGUCUUCAGAUUCUCUUGAGGUGGCCAGGGCAAUGCCUAGGGUCUGGUCCAUCUCCCCGAGCUUUGGCUGCUUCACCUGGCUUCUUCAGAGACCAAGGCAAACCGAAGAUAAAUCUUUCUGAGUUCCUAGUAGAAGCUCUGUGUUUAGUUUUCAGGAGCAGGUAGAGGCUAGAAGGCUUGUGGAAGCAAGUUCUGUCCUGUUCUCCCCUUGUCUGCUCUCUGGAGUCAUCGGUUUCCUUGUGAAGCUCUUCUGCCAGGGCUUUCAGCCAUUGUCUAACGGGCCCACUCUGAGGUCAGCCUGCCCUCUCUCCCAGACCACAUAAGCCUCCUGUGCUCACUGUGCCUGCCCCAAAGUGCAAUUACUCACAUGCAGUGAGGGCACUGGGAAGCUACAGACUGCCCACUAGGCCCUGACUAUUCUUUUUAGCAGCUGCUGCCUCUGAGUCUCUGGUCCUAUCCAUCUGUCUGUGACAUGAUGCUUCAACAGUGGGUGUGCAGUCAAAUGAAGACGGAGGCUUUUGUAGAGAAGAGAGCUUACCUCAGUGGCGGUUGUCUCUGCACAGCUGACCAGGGCUUGUACUCCCACCAUGGCAUCCAUGUCGUUCCCUUCAUUUCAGGAAGCCUAAUGGUAUGUCUUCUUUGGCUUCUCUGAUGAACGCUGUCCUUCAUCCUUCUUCCUCUCCCAGCCACCCCUUGCUUCUCCCCCCACCCCACCCCCAGGUUCUCUGAUCUAGAAAACAACUACACGUGGGCGACUCAGUGCAGGUGACUGGCAAGGCAUGGUAUGAAGGCCUAGCAGAGCUCUGGGCUCUUCCAGUCUUCUCUAGUCCUGGGCCUCUGAGUAAUUUGCAGGGCUAUCUGUCUACCCCACUGCUCCUCACUUUAGCUUAGAUGCAGUGGGAAGAUGGCAUGUAGUUGGACCAAGCAGAUCUAGGAUGAUGCCCCAGGCCAAGGAGGGCUUGUGCUUGUGGGUCCAGUGAAGAAGAAGUAGUCUCAGGGUGUCACUGGCCGCCCUCUCUAACUUGGCCUUUACCCCGUAUGUCAUAGACCCGUUCACACAGCUCUGACUUUAGCUGCCACAAGUGAGUAGUUGGGGGUUGUGCUCAAGUGUAUCACAAGAAUUUCCUGGAAAUGUAAGCAUUCUCUUCCUAGUCUAGGUUUCUCUGACUCUCCUUUCUGGUUUCGGUACACUCUUCAGUCUUGUAGGCUUAGUUUCUAAACCUGUGGGUGUGUCCAAGUGGACACAGAUGUGCAGGCUCAGGCAGUUGAGGAUAGAAUAGUUUAAGGCCUUGGGUCAUGUCUAAGUGACAGGAGAGUGAAGGCUGUGUGGGCAGGGUGAAGGUCUUGUGGGUGUGGCUAGUGCACAUGCAUAUUUGAAAUACUCCGUGUUCAAAUCUGGUUUGAAAUAAUGCAGCUCAAGGAAAGCCCAAAGCAUAGGGAGGUCAAAGGCACUUGUCUGUGGGGAGUGAGUGAUGAAGGAGCGUAACUGGUGCACAUUUAGAUGCAAUGUUUCAAGUUGAUUGUUAAUAAAAACCAAAUUUACACUGGUGUGUGUAGUGUAGUUUCUAAAAAGCACUUCACAUUUUAAAUUUUUCUUGGAAAAUUUCUAGUAAUCUAAAUGUCUAAUUUUUUAAUCUUUUUGUGUAUGUUCAUGUUUCUCAGUAUUACUGCUUGAACGACUCUCUGUACGGGGAUUUGUAUGUGCUAUACACGGGGUGUCUAAAGGUAGCAAUAAAGCCUUUCGUUAAAAAGGGA